CCCAACCCGUUUAUUUUAAACUCGUCAAAAUAACCAACCAAAAUGUUUCGGUCCUAAAAGCCCAUAAUAAACCCCUCUCCGUCGUCUUCAGUCGUCACCUACCUUCAUCGCCAAAGUGAUUAACUAGGGAAGUUACUCUGGGAUGAAUUGCUUGUCGCAAGUGUCUUCAUAUGCUGCAGCAAUAGUUAGAAGGACCGGCCAUCUGGUCUCAGGGAGUGCUUUGUAUGGAUGUGCUACUGUCUCGUGGAAAAGGGACUUUAAAUACAGUGGUAUCAAGGCAAUCAAUUUAGAACUUGUGCUGGCGAAGAUUCGUGUUCGGUGCUAUUCAUCUCCACGGAGCGGCAAAAGUGCAUCUCGUUCACGGAAGUUGGAUUCUGAACCGGUGAUGGAACAAGAAAAGGAUGCAUUCUUUGUUGUGCGGAAAGGGGAUAUUGUUGGUGUUUAUAAGAGUUUGACUGAUUGUCAGGCUCAAGUUGGAUCUUCAAUAUGUAAUCCUCCUGUUAGUGUGUACAAAGGAUACUCUUUGCCCAAGGACACUGAGGAAUAUCUCAUUGCUCAUGGGCUUAAGAAUGCUGUGUACACCAUUAAAGCUGCAGACUUGAAGGAAGAUCUUUUCGGCACACUUAUGCCUUGCCCGUUUCAAGAUCCAGCUUCUUCCAGAGGUGAAACAUCUAGCAAGGAUUCUUCUAAAAAAAUAUCAAAGGGAGUGCUUGGAGCAGAAAUUGUGGAAGCAAUAGAUUCUGCAUUCAUUCCAACUGAUCUCAAGACAAAGUAUGCAAAGCUAGAUCCUUCUGUUGUUAUUGAAGCUUCAUCCCGUACUUGUAGAUCCUGUAUUCUUGAGUUUGAUGGUGCAUCAAAAGGGAAUCCUGGACUAGCUGGUGCAGGAGCUGUGCUGCGAGCUGAUGACGGAAGUUUGAUCUGUAGAUUACAGGAAGGCUUGGGUAUAGCAACAAACAAUGUUGCUGAAUAUCGAGCUUUGAUUUUGGGGUUAAGAUAUGCUCUUAAAAGGGGUUUUACAAGCAUCCGUGUAAAAGGAGACUCCAAGCUCAUCUGUAUGCAGGUACAAGGUUUGUGGAAAGCAAAAAACCAGAACUUGUUUGACUUGUGUGAAGAGGCAAAGAUACUGAUGAGCAAAUUUCUUUCCUUCGAAAUAAAUCAUGUCUUAAGGGGCCUAAACUCUGACGCUGAUGCUCAAGCAAACUUGGCAGUUGGACUUGCUGAUGGUCAAGUCCAGGAGUUGGAGAAGUAGUUCAAAUGUAUGCUGCUGGAUACUUUUCUAUGAUAGACAUGUCCAAUACGAUGACAGGUUUUCCUUGAGCCUUUGGACUAUGUUUGGCUUCAUGUCGGUGACCUGGCCUUUUGACAAUUAAACCCUUAAUAGUGUAGGAUUUCUGGAUUUAGAAGUCACUGCCAGAAUGAGCUAUGUGAAUUGGUUGUUUACAGUUCAUGUUUGUUUGGGCUUCAUUUCCAGAAGCAUCGGCAUGAUCUCCGCAGCAUGACUAAAUUGACAGCAUUUGUUAAUGUCAUAGCAAGAGAAAAGUUGAGCCCUUGGCAGGAACCAGGUUAAGUACACUUUGGUUAUGGUUUGUUCACAUCACUGGGAUACGAUUGAACUUCAGUAUAGACAAAUUUAUUCAGACAACUUGAAAUCUGUUACAUAGAUAAUGUCAGCUUUAUUUGUAUUAUUAACUGCAGUUUCAUUUCAAAUUGCUGUUAAAAUCUCUUGGUUAUUGUUC